AUGUCUCGGCUGCUGAGGUUGGAUGAGAUGCGCCCCCACGUUCUGUCCCGGGACCUCGAGGUGUGCCGGAUGUCGAACGAGGGCCUCCUAGACAAGGAGAUUGCUGCUAGGGGGGCAAUCGAUGCUAUGUCCUCGAAGCCUCUAGUGAAGGAGGAUGAUGCUGAGCGCGAGAAGAGGCGUGCCUCUGCCAAGAAGCACAAGACCACACAAGAUGUGGAGAAAAAUAAGGAGAGGAGGAAGAACCUUGAACGGCAGGCGCUCGAGGAGCGUCGGGCCCAGGCGAGGCGUGAGGGAAAGCCCGAGGAGGAUUCACCUGUUGAGGACAACGACGACGAUGACGAUGACGAAGAUGAUGAUUCUAAGGGGAUGGCAGCCCACCUCGAUCGGAUCCUGCAGGUCCCACCGCAAGCCGGCGUUUCCUGA